AUGUCCCGAUCAGUGAAGAAGGCCCAAGAACAGUAUGUCCUCUCGACAAGCGUGUCAUGCACCCAAUCGGACACGGAGACCCCGGUUGUAGCCGGAGACGAGGCUAAGGAAACUUGGGCGCCAAUUGAGGAGCUGCACGCACUUGGAAUAGCGGCCGCAGACACCAAGAGGCUUCGUGAAUCAGGCAUUUUCUCCAUUCAAGGAGUACUGAUGCAAACGCAUAAAGAUCUAGGGCAGAUAAAGGGGCUGUCAGAGGCAAAAGUGGAUAAGAUCUUAGACGCCGCUCGUAAGCAUUCGCAACCAGGCUUCAUGAGCGGGGUUGUUGCACUGGAGCGUCGCCAGCGAAUCAGAAGAAUAUCUACUGGUUGUAGUGAUUUGGACGCUUUGCUAGGAGGCGGCAUAGAAUCCAUGGCAAUAACAGAAGUGUUUGGAGAAUUUCGAUCAGGCAAAACCCAGCUCUGCCACACCAUCGCUGUCACUGCUCAGCUGGAUGGCAGUAGGGUUGCCUACUUAGACACAGAAGGCACCUUCAGGCCUGAGAAAAUUGGGCCCAUUGCUGAGCGGUACAAGUUAGAUCCCACCACAACGCUGUCUAGGAUAGCAUAUGCUCGCGCGUACACACACGAGCAGCAGAUAGAGCUUCUUGCAGCAGCGGCAGAGCAGAUGUCAGAAAAAAAGUUUGCGCUAUUGAUUAUAGACUCACUCACAGCGCUGUUCAGGGUGGACUUCACAGGCAGGGGAGAACUUGCAGACAGGCAGCAGAAACUUGGGCAACACCUUGCUAGUCUGGCAAAGCUUGCAGACGAAUUCAACAUCGCGAUCUUCGUCACCAACCAGGUCAUGGCGCAGGUUGACGGUGCAGCGAUGUUCACUGCCGAUCCCAAGAAGCCGAUUGGGGGUCACAUCCUCGCCCACGCCAGCACCACCCGUUUGUACCUCCGCAAGGGCCGCGGAAAUAAUCGCGUGGCUAAGAUAUAUGACUCCCCAUCAUUACCCGAAGCAGAGGCGACAUUCGCCGUUGGAGAGCAGGGUGUCUGUGAUGCAGAGGAGUGA